CGGCUUCGUUUGAGGUCGGCAGCUGCCCUUUUAAGAGAACAUUUCUUAGUGGGUAUUCCGGCCGUGGCCACUUUUCUGAGGCGCGAAGGACCCCUAGUCAGUGUGUGAGACAGCCUGGGAGCUCCUUGGGGCUGAGAGAGGAUUUUAAGAGGGCAGAGAUUCAAGGAUAGAAAAAAUAAAACCAGCUAUUGUUUGGAAGCAAUGAGUUUAAAACCCUUUACCUACCCAUUUCCAGAGACGAGGUUUCUUCAUGCAGGACCCAAUGUGUAUAAAUUCAAAAUCAGAUAUGGCAACAGCAUCAGAGGAGAAGAGAUAGAUGAUAAGGAAGUCAUCAUCCGGGAGCUGGAGGUCCUAGCUGAGAAGAAAGCAGUAGGAGCCAUGAUGAGGAAACGAAAACACAUGGAAGAGCCCAGCUCCCCCAGCGGGCCGGGGCUGCACAGGGCCAAGAUGGAGACUUCUAGCCAAGGCCCCAACAUAAAGAAGCCCGCUAUGGAAACCAGGAGGAACAAGGAAAGAAAAAUCCAGCAAGAAUGGCAGGAUACCCUGGAUUCUGAUAUCACUGAUGUCCAAGAAGAGGAUUCUAAGUUGGGGGACAGCCUGGCAGGGCCAAUUGUCCCACCAUUGCAGCAGAGCAGUCCACCUCCACCUAAAGAACUAGGAACCAGUGGUUUCUUUGGGUUUCUAAGCUCUCUCUUCCCGUUUCGAUAUUUCUUCAGGAAGAGCAGCCAAUAGUGAGCCUUCCAAAUGCAGCCGCGGAAAGAGGAUCAUCUCUUGCAGUGAUUCCUCCCGAGCCAUUCUUCCCCCAACUCCAUCCUUUUCUUAUGACACUUCAGCCAUGGGGAAUGAGGGCACCAAACUGAGUCCUCUUGUGAGUUUGUCCUGUUCUCUGCCCCUUUAUAAUUGAAUUUGUUUCCUAUUUAAAAUAUUAAGAAAAGAAUGAAACUUUCUAAAAUGCUCUGGCCCUGAGGGCCAGUUUAGGUCUUUUGUCUCUAGCACUUAGGAUUCUAAUAACAAUAAAUUAUUUAUGAAGAGUUA